CCAAAAGGUUAUUAGAUAAUUUGUUAUGUGCCAAUGGAUCCGACUCUCUUCAAAGCUGCGAAGAAUGGCAAUGAUAGCGUUUCUUGUGAGAGUAGUUUCACAAAUGUUGAUCCAAAGGCUCAACUGACAAUCCGAAAAGACACCAUAUUGCAUGUGGCAGUCAAAUAUGGAAACAAAAAGUCAACACAGCAAAUCCUAGACUCACACUCUUGGCUGGUGCAUGAGACCAACCUCUACGGCGACACCCCUCUUCACAUCGCCGCAAGGUUAGGGCAUUCUGAGUUGGUUGAGUUGAUUACUAAGGUUCUUAAAAACGACGACCAAGGAAGAGGAGCUGAGGCAGGAACACCUCCACUCCGAGCUGUGAAUUCGAAGAAUGAGACAGCAUUACACGACGCAGUGAAAAAUGGACACUUUGAUGUCGUCACUUUACUCAUCAAGGAAGAUCCAGGUUUGGUUUAUAUCUGCAAUGACUCAACAGAAUCACCACUGUUCAUAGCUGUGGAUAAGAGAUUUUACAGAAUCGCAGAUUCCAUCUUAAGUUCCAUCUCUGAUUGGUCUGGUAGUUAUGGAUCAGGGAGCAAUAAGAUGACUGUGAUGCAUGCAGUUUCUUCUCGAGUAUUUGAUCGACAUUUGAUCAUCUCUGUUAUCGACUCUUGGCUAAAUCAGGAUUGGAAAUUUUUGUAUGUUAUGUUGAAAUUCGUCCUCCUGAUAUUUUUGAAGUUGGGCGGUUUGGUGUUCAAAAAAUCACAUGAUCAAAGUAUCAUCAAAUGGCAAGAGCUUGUGACCAAAUUACUAGAGAAAUGUAAUGCUGAAAUCUUAGAAAAAAAGGACGAACGUGGAUGGACAGCUCUUCACUACGCUGCAUACGUUGGAAAUGCCAAAGUUGUGGAGCUAUUUCUGAAGCGCAGAAGAACCCUUGCUUACAUUAAGGACGACAAAGGCAUGUCUGCAAUGCACAUUGCUGCAAUGAAAGGGCAUAUUGAUGUAAUAAACGAAUUGGUCAAGUAUUGCCCAGAUGUUUGUGAGUUAUUGGACAAUAACAAACAAACACCUUUGCAUGUGGCUGUUAAAAGCAAAAGAGCAUACGCAGUAUGGAAUUUUCUACAUAGGACUGAGUUUGAUGGUAUUAUGCCUAAUGAGCAAGACAACCAAGGAAAUACGCCAUUGCAUGUAGCUUCUCUUACUGAACAUGUUGAAAUUCUAGCCAUGCUAGCAACACACCCUAGAGUUGAAAAAAAUGCUAUCAAUCACAAGGGGAUGACUGCUGUUGACAUCAUUCAAUCAAGUAUGCAGCUGCCUAUUUUUGACAAGCUUUCCAUGUUACCAUCGUUCGCAUUAUUAGGAGCAAACCAGAGGUUGGAAAAGACAUCACACAGUACUACUCCUAGUGAAAUUUCAAGGGAAAAAGAUAAUGUUGAUGAUCGAGAUGAACUGAGAAAGUUAAUAAUUAACAAAGGAGAAAAGAUAGUGAAAAAAGUACUGGAAGACGAGGAAAAAAGCAGGAAAGAUAAUACUGAUGAUCAAGACAAGGUGAAAAAAGUACUGGAAGACGAGGAAAAAAGCAGGAACGAAGAUAGUACAUUAUCCAAGUCAUGGAAUGAGCACCUAGUGGAAGUGAACUUAGUAGUGGCCACAAUCAUCGCAAGCAUAACAUUUGCCGCAGCUGUCUCAAUGCCCGGUGGCUACGACAACCCAAAUGGGACGCCGAGCUUAAGAAAAAAACGAUGUUUCAAAUACUUUCUGGUGUUCGACUGUGUGGCUUUUGGUUUUGCAGCUUCAUCAAUGGUCAUCCACUUUCUGUUCGUGUCCUUAUCUGGGAGCAAGUUACACUAUCCAUUUAAGAUGGUGAUGUGGUUAACCUACCUUUCCAUUGCAUUUUCAGUGUGUGCAUUCGCCACAGCCAUUCAGGCAGCCCUUGCACAAACCGAAAGACCAACAGCUGAGUCUCUUCCAGCAGUCUAUGCCCUACUUUCUUUCUUUAUCCCACUCAUUAUCUAUCUGCUCUCUGUAUAUUUUAGAUGUUUCAGGCUUCUUUCUGUAUUUUUUAGAGGUUUUCCCUUCCUCCACUUUGUUGUCUGCAUAAUAAUUCACAUCAAAGCCUCACUAACCAAAGUGGUCAGUUAUAUUUCUUUAUAAACAAAAAUAAAAUAUGUAGUUUCUUUUUCAA